CAUGGAGGUGUAAUAAUCACGUGAUUUAAUGAUAACUAUAACUUAUUACUUAUUUUAAAUCAAAAUUUACAUAGAUUUAUUUAUUUAAUUUAAUAAACAGUAUUUAUUAUUAACAAAAUGUCUUGCAAUUCAUGUCAGUCAACAUUUUCUUUUUUUACAAGAGAGAAUGCCUGUCCCAAUUGUGGAUUUUCAUUUUGCAGUAAAUGUUUGAAAUACAAGUGUAAAUUGCCAAAUGAUGAUGUGAAAAAAGUCUGUGGACCUUGUCAUAACAAACUCAUGUCAAAACAAACAAGUCCAAAUGAUUCAUCAUCAUCAUCUACAAGUUUACCAUCACCUGGAGAUUUUAAUACUCCAAUGGCACCAAUUGACAUUGAAAAAAAAAUGAAUCAACUGGAAAAUCCAACAAAGCCUCCAAUAACAAUUUACGAACAAGGACACUGGGAUAAAUUAAAAAAUGGUUUAGAUCCAGAAGACCAGGCGAUUGUUGACAGACUGAGAAAAUUAAAAGAAGAUAAUAUACAAAAAAUUAUUCCAUCAACAACUGAAGAUAUUCGUAGACGUUUAGCAUUAUUAAAAGAUCAAAAUCCAGAUUACAUUCCUCCAACAAACAUUUAUCAAGUUGACAGUAGAACAGAUGAACAAAAAGCUGAAGAUUUAAUGCGUCAAUAUAUGGAACAGUUGGCCCUAUCAUCAACACCAUCAACAUCAACAAGUGAUAUUGAACAACGACUAAAUUCUUUAAAAGGAAUUGAUGCUACAAAAUCAACAAAUAUACCUGAAGAUAUUGAUGAAGAGGAAGUAACAAAAAAUAUAAUUAAAAAAGCUCUUGCUGAAGCUGAGCUUGAAAAAAAAUUUCAAGAUGAUGAUUCCCUCGAAGAGAUGGAGAUAGAACCAUCAGAAAUUUACUCAGACGAUGAAGUUGAAUGUGCAACGUGUGAUAAAAAAAUUGACUUGGUCAAGUGUACCGGUUGUCCACAUGAUUUAUAUUGUAGAUCAUGCUUUGAAGAAAAUCACGAUGAUUUUGAAAUGAAAAAACAUAAAGCAAUUCCUUUAACAUCAAGACAUUAAAAUAAAUUUAAUUAAAAAUAUAAAAUUAACGUAUUUAAAUGAAUCAUUUGAACAUGAUACAUAUAAAUUAAAUUUCACGACACAUUUGUCAAUAUUUUUAAUAAAAUUCAAUGAAAUAAUGAGUCAUAUUAAUGUGAUGAAUAAAUUAUUAGCUUGUUUGAUAUAAUCAUCAAAAUGUGGUGACGUUUUUUCUUUUUUUUUUUUAUGAAAUAAUAAACAGCUACUCUUUGCAAUCCAACUGGCAACUUGAAUAUUUUUAGAUGUGCUUUUGGAUCGUGCCAACAUCGUUACCACUUGAAAAACUUUUAAAAUAAAAAAUAUUAUGGCUGUAUUAAAACGAUAAUAACACUAUGAUCUUCAUCUACUUUUUCAACAUAAAUUAUCGUUGAAAUAAUCCUUUUAAAAAAGUUUUAAUGGGGUGAUAAUUAACGAUCUAUAUUGAAACUGCUGGAAAAUUUUUUGGCGACAGUUGAGACUAUUUACGUAAUGCAUAUGAAGUUGAUGAUUUACUUAGCUUUAAUUAUUUAUAUAUUUAUUUAUUUAUAAAUAUAAAAUCAUGAAAAUUGUUAAUAUAUAUUUUACUUUUUAUUUUGUUACUAAUUUUGAAUAAUGUUUUCUUUAUUUGAGUAAUAAAAAAAUAAAUUGCUUACAAAAAA